AUGAGCCUUUGUCCUCCUAAUUAUUGGCUAAACCUGACAUGUGGGCGUCAACAAUGGGCGGCCUUGCUUUGUGGACCGAUCCAAGUACGUACUUGGCAAUGCACUCAUUACGCGCAUUUCCUGUCACAUUUCAAUUGUAGCGAAUGCAGAGAACAGUUCGAACACAAGAAAUGGAAUAUAAAAGGAUUCCGCUCCAGCUCACAAGGCCAGGUCAACCCAACAGUGGCAGCAAAGGAACAUUCCAGAGUUCAUCUCUGCCUCGGAUUGGCCCUCAGGAAGCCCUGA